CUUUCUAUUUUUGUUUUGAAGCUUAAUUCGAAGUACUUAAAAGUUAGCACACUACUUUUCUCGAGGAAAUGGCUUCCAUGUCAUCAACCCCUAAGAUGAGCUUGAAGCUUCUAAUCAACAAAAAGGAUGAUAAAGUUGUCUUUGCUGAAGCUGAAUAUGAUUUCAUAGAUUUCCUAUUCAACCUCCUAACUUUGCCCAUUGGCACCAUCGUGAGUUUACUCCCAAAAGAAAAUUGCCUAAGAAACCUGCAUAAAAGUAUCAACAAACUGGAAGAAGCUUACUUGCUGCCUAACCAAAGUGUGGACUCGCUCCUAAAAAUGAAUACACCAGUCGACGCUAUUCUUCAUUUCUUUGAUCUUCCUUUGUCAUCGAGUGAUAGACAUGUGAAAGACGGCUUAGUUACCUACAUGGUGGCUGAUGACUUGUCGGUAACACCCAUGUCCAUGACAUCAACCAUGGCUCUGUUUAAGAAGUACAACAUACAAGAAGUUGAUGUUCUUGAGGAAAAGGUGGUUUCAAUUGAGUUCGUAGGGGCUUUGGACCUAUUGCAUUUUGCUUUGCAUUCCAAGGAAGCUCUCACUAAGGUCUUCCUUGGGAAAGAAGAAACAAAAACAAAAGAAGGAUAA